CUUUAUCUUCGACUUCCGAUGCCGUUAUUCCUUGAUUUUUUCUCUAGUUUUUUUUCUCGUUUUGCAAUGGCCGAGGACGGGAGGGUUCGAAUUGAGAAGUUCAACGGUACUGAUUUUGCAUGGUGGAAAAUGCAAAUAGAGGCGUUGCUUGGUGAGUGCGAUUUGGACAUGGUACUGGAAGAGAAACCGGAUGGAAUGAAUAAGGCUGCUGAAGCAAUUUGGGACUCAAAGAACAAAAAGGCAAGAGGUAAAAUUACACUAGCUUUGACGAGGAGUGUGGCGUUUAAUAUCAUGAAGGAAACAACUGCUCAUGGUAUGUUAACAAAUGUCAUGGAAAGCUAUGUUGACUCUUGGGUCAUGGAUUCUGGUGCUUCGUUUCACGCCAUACACAGCAGUGAGGCGAUGGUGAAUCUCAGGAAAAUCCUUAAAGUGACAGGCAUGGGAGAUAUUGAUCUAAAAACUUCAUUUGGAACUACUUGGAGCUUACAAAAUGUCAGGGUGAUUCCAAGACUGAAGACAAAGUUGAUCUCAGUCGGACAAUUGGAUGAACAUGGACUAGACGUCAAGUUUGGUGGUGGAAAAUGGAAUGUGAUCAAAGGGAAUUUGGUUAUUGCCCGAGGCUUGAAAAGAGGAUCGUUAUACAUGGUACCGGUGACAUCUGAGGGAGUGACCAACCCGGUAAAGACAGUUAACAAAGUCAGGCUCACUGAAUCGGGCAAAGCUAAGAAGGUUCAUUUUGCAAACGUGAAUCUUAGAGUUUUGGGGAUGACAGUUGAGUGUGUUCGGAGGUCUGAAUCAGGUCAGGGGUUUCGUGUCAGUGGGAGCAUGGGACGUGUUCUGAGUACAGUUAUGAAACGUCGUUGGGUUUUGAGGACCAAGAAUCCGAACGUUAAAAUCUCUCCUGGGAAUAGUUUGCUGGAUUUGGAGAGUGGUAAUGGUCCUCGGUGUAUCUCUGGAUCCGGUGGAUUGUGCAAGCCGGUUGAGACAGAGGCUGUGGCGGUUACAGUCACGACUGGAGGGUGGUUGCAACUAGGGGAUAUAACUGGAGUCUUAGCUUGUUCUUGGGAACUAGAGGCUUGGAGGACUUGACAGUGAAGAUUACUGAGUUACUCAUGAUGGGUUUACUUGGAUGGCAUUUUUUGUCUAUGUGAAAUCCUUCAAGUGGGAGAUUGUUGGGUUAUUCAGUGAAGGCUUUAGAGCUUUGGGCUUUAAGCCGAGUCGGUUAAAGGGAAGAAAUAUGGGGGGCCGGU